AAGAAGGAUCUGAGCUGCUUGCCGCUAGCUGGGACUGAAGUCCCCAUGGCCUUCCCAUUGGAGGUUAGCACUCUGGAGGACAAGUGGGACUUGUUUUUUUCUGCAAUUCAGUGGAUACAAUUUGUCAUGGCUAUUCUAAGUGUUAUAGGUUCAAGUUCACUUAUUACUUAUGCUGUAUUCCAGAAUAUGCAGAAAUCUUCAGAGAUAAGGCCACUCUUUUAUCUGAGCUGCUCUGACCUGCUCCUGGGAAUUUGCUGGCUUACGGAGGCACUUCUUUAUGGAACUUCAACAGCCUAUAAGGACAUUGUCUGCUAUAACCUGCAAGCAGUUGGACAGAUAUUCUACAUUUCCUCAUUUUUCUACACCAUCAGUUAUAUCUGGUAUCUGUACACAGAACUGAGGAUGAAACACAACCAGAGUGGACAGAGCCCAUCUCCACUGGUGGUGGCUUAUACUUGUCAAGUUGGCCAGAUAGCCUUCAUUUUAUCAAGCCUGAUACCUCUACUAUUGAUGAUACCUGUAUUCUGUCUGGGCAAUGCUAGUGAAUGUUUCCAUAACUUCAGCCAGAGUCACAGGUGUAUCCUGAUGCACUCACCACCAUCAGCCAUGGCUGAACUCUUGCCUUCUGCCAACAUAUCUGUCUGCAGCAUACUUUAUUUUUAUGGUAUCACCAUUUUCCUGGCCAGCUUUUUAUUCAGCCUCUUCACCAUUAUGGUCUUACUCAUCCAAGCGCAGAUAUUGUGUAAGAAAUUUGUGAAGUCAACUGGCUUUCUGGGAAGUGAACAGUGGGCAGUGAUUCAUAUUGUGGAGCAGCGAGUACGCCUCUAUCCGGUGGCCUUCCUAUGCUGCUGGGGCCCAGCUAUCAUUCUGAUGAUCAUAAAGCUCACCAAGCCACAGGACACCAAGCUGCAUAUGGCCCUCUAUAUUCUCCAGGCUCUAACAGCAACAUCCCAGGGUCUGCUCAACUGUGGAGUGUAUGGCUGGACACAGCACAAAUUCCACCAACUAAAGCAAGAGGCUCGGCGAGAUGCAGAUACGCAAACACCAUUGUUAUGUUCACAGAAGAGAGUCUAUAGCAGGGGCCUAGAUCCACUGGAGUCCACUGUUGCUUUUGCUACCAGCUCAUCCACCAUUCUUUGAAACUGUAAUACUGGAACAUUCAGGAACUGGAGUUAUUUCACACUAAUCGAUUGAAAAGAAUGUUGUGGGGGACACGUUAUGCAUCUUUUCUAAGCAUGCCAUAGACUUCAGAACUGAAAGGAAAUAUAGUGCCAGAGUUAGCAGCUAUUCUAGGUGAAUUGGGAAGGAUCUUUCCAGUUACACUUUGUUCAUAGAGAUAAAGACACUUUCUGUCUAAGAGAUAGACUCAUGCUACUUUGAUGGAUAUUAGAUUUGUCUAAGUCUCUUCUAGAAAAAAUAAAUUCCAGGUUCUUAUUUAUAUAUGUCUUUUCCAGACUCUACUCCAUUGUUGCAGUGCAAGGAGGGGGACAUGCAGCAACUUGCUCAGGUCUUGAGAUUGCUAUUGCAUUUUCUGAGAGUGAAUGUGGAAUCUGGUUUUCUUUUCUUUGAAGAGUUUUGAAAUUCAGAAGCAGUUAGGAAGACAAUUAUUUUAAAAAGUGACAGCAGGACCCUUAGUUUCAUAUGUUUAGAUCUGUUUUAGGGCUUGAACAAAAGGAAAAUCCUAUACUAGAAAAUUAAGACCAAUCUUUUGAAGUCACAAGGAUAAUAAAAUUUAAGGAAAAUUGAAAUUUUAAAAAUCCUUUAUGAAGCAGUAACUCUCAACUCUCAUUUGCAAGCAGAAUUAAAAGAUUGGUUUCAUAAUACCCAGACAUGUAAAAUUAGAUUGACCUAUAUUAACUUGCUAUUAUUAUAAGUAAAAAUGUCUCAGGUAGUUCAUUUCACAUGGUCCAACCUAAUAGCAAGUGCAAAACAUAUGUUUAUAGAAUGAAUGAGCAAGUGAUGAUGAAUGACUAAUAGGUACAAUUUGAACCUUUUGGAAAUGAAAAAGUUUCCAAAUCACAAAGCAUCAUUAAGAGGUAGGAAUGUCUGUCUCACCUGUUUUUUCUCUCUCAAAUCAUAUAACAAAUAUAUUGGUCUCUCCAGUUAAGAUAUGAACAAGGCCAGUUUAAGAUCUGAGCAUCGUGUACCAUGUUGCCAAAAAAGGGAAAGCUAAAUGGACAAUAUGACUGGAAUGAUAAUCAACCAAGACAUUGGAACUAAUAGGCAGAUACUUCUGUCAUGAUAAAUUCUUUCCAAGGUAAAAUCUUUAAGAUUAGAGAAAUUGACCAGAUUAAGCAGGAUUCUCUGAAUAGUAAAUUCUAAAGAUCUUUCCAGAGGAGUUCUUUAGAAAUAUUAGGUAAAUCAGUAAUAGUUCUUGAAGUUUUAGGGCAUGUGCUUCAUGGACGUUAUGGAGGGCCACCUGGCCUUACUCUGUCAAGAUUACAUCUUGAGGUUUCUCAUUGUCCCAAAGCUCUGGUUUGGGACCUGAUUUCAGGGUAGCACAGAACAAGAAAGAUCACCUCACCCAGGGAGCUUCUUUGAUUUUUUUUUAAUUUAAGAACUAAAAAGCAUUUAUCAUAUAGAAAAAUAGAUGGAAGCAUGAAAGAAUGCCCAUCUCCAUAGUCCCUGAAGGGGGCCAGACCUAAGAAGUCCAAUUCUCUUUUUUUUUUUUUAAACCAGGGAUCUAACUCAGGACCUUGCACUUGCGAGGCAGGUGGUGGAACCACUGAGCUAAAUCCAAGACCCAAGUCCAAUUCUUAAAAGAUCGUUUUAGUAUUACUUUGUAUUGGCUUCUAUUAUCUGAAAAAAAGGUAAUUAGAAAAUGCUUGUCAAGAGCAGUAUCUUGCUGCUCUGUUGAGUUUUUUAUUUUCAUUGAUACUGGUCUUAGAUAUUCUGUGGAUGUAGGCAGACAAAAAGAUAAUAGGAAUAAGAAAUAAUAAGACUCUCAACAAGACCCAAAUUAGGAUUAUCAGUUUCUUCUCAUACUGAGAGUCAUGUGAUAUGUAGAGCUGGGUCACUCUUCAGACUAUUCCAAUAGCCCUAGGAGAGAUAUAUCCAUAAACACAAGGAGUUCUUAAAAUUGUUGCAAACAUCCCUCCCAUGACACUUUUUCAAGUUGCAGUCAUAGUGAAGUGCAAUGAUAUCUAAGUAGGUUUGAUGAUACAGAUUUUCCAUGGAUCACAUGAACUACAAUCUUUUAUCUCCCCCUUAUCAGCCCUGUCUACAGCUUCAAAAAUCUCUACACUGCUAUACUUCAUGUCUUUCUUGGGGAACUAGCUAAGUUUUUAAUUUUUUUCAGUAUGUAGGAGCCUUGGAUGCUUUUGCAUAGCAGUCUUAAUAUUUUACAUCUUUGCCCUUGUACUUGCUGAAAACCUUACACAUUCUUUCAGGCUCAUGGCCUUUCCAAACUUGUUCUGUUAGUAAUAAUAUCAGUGUUUCCAGGCAAUCACUGUGCUCUUUCCCCAGAUUUUACUGCACUGAUUGUCCAGGUUUCUGCCCUGGUCCUGGUAACCAUAACUGUGUUCUUUGCAAGGGUACCACCUUGCUUGUGUGUAUCUGUCUGGCAACAUGUGGAUGUGCUAUUACAGUACUGAAAGGUCAUACUCAUCUACCUUGAAGUAGAAAUAUGUAGUUCUUUUAGAAAGUUAUAUUUUUUUGCAUUAGGAUCCAAAUGCAUAAUCUGAACCCUUUUUUGGGCAGGGGGUGGUACCAGGGAUCGAACUGAGGACCUUGUGCUUGCUAGGCAGGCAGCGGAACCACUGAGCUAAAUCCCCGGCCCAUGAACCCUUUUUUAGUCAGCAUGAGAGCAGACAACAGUGAUCAUUCUGAUAAUGAAGCUGCCACAGUCACAUUCUUCUCCUUUAUUCAAUCUUGUUCUUACAAAAUGGCUUUCCAGAGGAGCUUUAGAGCUCAGGUUUAUUAAACAAAUACCCAUUGUGUUUAUAUAACAGCUGGUGAAAGUAAUGGAAGCUGAACUGCUGAAGCUCACAUUUACAAUAAUGAAUUCAUUGCAUUGUACAGAGGUUCUGGCCCUAACAAUUAUAAGUCAUGUUAUGUUGGGGCCAACCUCAUGAGCCACAAGAACUGAAAAAUUGGGUAUGGAUAAUGGUUGCUUUCUUAGCAGUACAGACACCACUGAGAAAUACAUGGCUCUUAUACUUCCCAAGACUUGGGCCAUUGAUCAUAUAGACAGCACUAUGUUGCACACUUCCCAUAGGAUGCGUUGAAAUGUUUUCUGUAGAUUCAGGGAUAUUUGAACUAGUUUUCUCUCUGACCAUGUCUUGAACUUCUUGCACAUUUACCUCCUUCAUGUAACAUUUGACCAAUACAUGCACAUCUGUUCACAUACAUUGUCUGACUAGUCAUAUUAUUUCACAUUAAGAACCACUUAUUGUCAACUAUAAUAAACAUUUAUACAGAUUUUGAGAAAAAAAUAUAUAUCUUAGGUUCUGCCUUUUAUCUUUGCUGAGACAAAAUACCCAACACCCAAAGUUAAAGGAGGAAAAGUUUAUUGUAGCUCACAGUUUGUUAUAGAGGCUUCAGAUCAUAGUUGGCUGGAUCCAAGAUAGGGUGGCAUGGCAGAGGGGCAUCUCAGAGCAGAAGCAGUUCAUGCUGUGCAGAAGGCAACAAAGCAGCGAAGUAGUGAACCAGUAAGUGACAACAGCAGCCUUCUUUUUGUCCCUUAUAUGGUAUCCAGGCUACUUGCCCUUGUGGUGGGUAGCACCCACUGUACAGUGGGUAGUACCCCUCAGGGAGGGACACCCUUAAUCCUAGCAUUGCACCAUGAAUCAGUCUCAGCAUCACAGCCUUAAUUCCUGUAUCACACACUCUAGAUCCAGCCACCUCUGAAAACCCCCACUGUGACCGCAUGAGGCUUUAGGGGAGCAUCUAGAUACAAGCCAUAACAGGCUGUCCUGUAGAGCAAGUUCUGCUCUAAUAUUGUGAAGUGGGCUGGGGAUUUAGGUCAGUGGUUCUGUGCCUGCCUUGCAAGUGCAAGGACCCAAGUUCAGUCCCCGGUACCAAAAAAAAAAGUUUAAUGAUCUAAUAUUGUGAAGUUGUUAAGAGUUCAUCUCCACUGACUGCACAGGACUCACCUGAUUUCACAGAUAUGUUAUAAACCAUAUAUAAAACACAUACUUAAAAUUGUCUAAGGUAUAUAUAGGCUUGAUGCCAAAAAUAGUGUAGUGUAAAGUCAGAAUUCCCUUUAACCCUGAGGAAGUGCUGAUAGUCACAAAAGAAUCUAGGUAACCCACUAAAUAUCUGUUAUAGGUUUCGUUGCCUGCUGUGCAAGCUCAAGGACCCAAGUUUGAUCCCUGGUACUAAAAAAAAAAAAAAAAAUCUAUUAUAGUAGCAGCCAUUCUAUAUAAAAGGCAUGUCCAAACUUGGGGAUGUGAUUGGAUCAUAGAGCAUGAUACUUGUCCAUAGAUUAGUCCACUAAUGAGUUUAUAGCUAAAGAGGAUUUGGGAGGUGAAGCCUG